AUGCCUUUAGGUACAUCGAGCACAAAUAAUCUGCGUUUCUACGGCGGAACUGCGAAUCGCGAAACGAUGAACAUUUACAGAACAUCUGACUCUAAUGGAUUGGUCAUAGCAUCAAGAACGACAUCAGGAUCAAACAACAAAUCGUACCCGUUGUUGAAUUUGAUAUCGACUGACAAUCCAAGUUUAUUCGUAGGUGGCGUUUCAGCUACAACCGCGGAUUUAUUCACUAUUAAUUGGAAUGAUAAACCAACUGUUGGCUUCACAUCUCAGACGCAUAGAUUUUGUUUCAAUGUUGGAAAUGGACAGCCUUACAAAAGCGGAUAUCCUCGUACAUUUGGUUUUGUUUCAACUGCAGAUGCUCUAAGUUUAUCACCAGGGGCUACAUCGGCAUUACCAAAUGGAAAUGGUUGCCUUUACCUGGUCAAUGAUACUAUUGAUAAAAUGAUCUUCAACACUAAUACGCCAUACACUAGUUCAUUUGGAACUGCGCCUAUUACGUUAAGUCAAGGUAAUAUUUACAUUAAAGCUUCUAAUGCUCUCAAUGAUGGAUCUGCCAACUAUGAUAUGCCAAUCUUCAUGGAAUCGUCUAACGCAUCGCCUAUUGGGUUUGGAUUGCAAUUGAGCAAUGCAACGAAUGCGACCUCCACUAAUAGCGCAUAUUUUGGAACGACCACUGGCAACGAUUUGGUUUUAAUGACCACAAAUACACGAAGGGUUACAGUAUCUUCGACUGGUAGAGUCGGUAUCGGAACUGGAUCGCCACCGGCGACUUUGCAUGUCUCUGGAUCAAACUCAUACACGGUUGGCGUUGGCGGAACAUCAAAUUGUUAUCAAUACAAUGUACAAGGAAACAUUUGGAGCAAUCUGGGAUUAGGCCCAGUCAGUGUUACGGUCUCUGCGAUAUUCUCCUCUUCCAUUUUCUGUGUGCAAUCCAUAUACACAAGUUCUGAUAGGCGACUCAAGGAGAAUAUAACACCUAUUUCAAUCACCUUGGACCACUAUGAUAAGUUGGAACCAGUCAGUUGCAACUGGAAGGGAGAGACCAAAGCAAAACUUGGACUGAUUGCGCAGGAUGCAAUGAAAGUGUGUGGAGAAAUGGUCAGCAUUAUGCCAAAUGAAAAUAUGAAAGAAGAAGGCGACAAUGAUCUGGAAGGAUAUCAAUAUACUCUUGAUUACUCUCAACUUGGUGCGCUAAAUGCUGCUGCCAUCAAACUCCUAAUAAAAAAUGUGAAUGAGUUAGAAAAAAAUUACUUGAACAACGUUCAGUUUAGAUAA